UUUCCCACGUCAAGAAGAAGACAACGCAUUCCCCGUCGUUCAGAUCUGAGUCGUCUUCGCGUUUCUUGCACCAUUUUAUCGUAAAAUUCUGCGAAAAUAGUGAUGUUCCACGGUAAUUCGCGAUCUGUGUCAUAGACUGUCGUAGAUUAGCCUUGCACCGCGUUGAGGAUAGCAUUCUGUUCGUGGGAAAGUGAGUCUGAUUGUCGCGGAAGAUUCGCGUGCAAAAGGAAGUGAGACGUCGUGGAAUUUGCAGUGCAGGCGUUUUUGUUGGUGAUCCAGUGACGUCAGGACCGUUGAAAUCCACUUAUCUCUCGCAGACCGAGCUGCAAUUAUCAUCGUUGAGACGCGCUUUGUCCCAGUGGAUCGACAAUUUGCGUGUUUGUAUUGCAAGUAUAAGGAUAAAAUGCAUACAUAAGAAAGGAUAAGUCACCAACACGAUGGCAUCAAUGCAGCCGAAUGCUCCUCAGUCGAAUCAGAAUACAUAUUUUCCAAUGAACGGUUCAAUGUCUCAACAACAAAUUCCGCAACAGCAGCAAUUGCAUUCACAACAACAGGUGCAACAGCCCCAACAGCGGUUCCAGCCACCACUGCAAAAUCCGUCGUUGAACAAAUAUUUACCACCAAAUGUACAAAAUGUUCAACAUGAACAGCCGAAUACCGCAUUAGCCGGACAAAAUGCACCACUUAAUCCUGCCUACUUACAGAAAUCACCUUUACAUUAUCAAAAGAAUGCUCUUAUGAACGGUGGCAGUACGCAUUCGUCACGAACUGCUUCACCUUCAUUAAAUUACAGUGAAAAUAUUGCUUCGUCGUCUGCUUCAUCGAGUCCGAAUCCUGGAAAGCUUCCAAGCAGCAGUUACAUGGCUCCACCUCCAUUGGCGAACGUAUCGAUGUCAUCACCAAUGCAACCACAGUUAAACCGAAGCAUCGGUUCGAAUUUAGGUAGUGGCCCGAACCUAGCUGGAGCAGGUUUGACACCGCGUGCUAACCCAAACUUGAAUCAUUUGAGCAAUAGCAUGCAGAAUUUGACAAUACAGCAGGGGAUUGCAUCCGGUCCACCAACGCCUUUAUCAUCUACCGCUGCACCAACUGGAAUGAAUACAAAUCAAACACUUCCUCGAACACUUGGAUACAGUCAUCCCCCAACGAGUGCUUUGGGAAGUCAAGGAACAGCAGCGGCGCAACGUUUUGCACCUGGUUCUAUGGCCUAUACUUCUCCAGUAACGUCGACUGCUACAACACCGGCGUCUGUGCCGCAAUUACAACCAAAUAAUAUGAAUAGACUGAAUAGCGCUGCACCAAUUCAACAGCAAAUAUCGCCUCAAAAUUUCUCGAACACUAGUCCGCCAGUAAAUCAAUUUUCACCCAAUGCUAACAUGUAUGGUAUAAACAACAAUCCAGCUCCGCCUCCAUUGUCCGCAUCACAGCAUCCUCUGCCGCCUUCGAUGCAAAAACCUACACCAAAUUUUGCACCACCUCCGACGUCGCAGCAGUAUCAACAACCUCCAACAAAUCAACAUUUUCAGCAGCCUCCAACGUCGCAGCAAAUUCAGCCACCUCCGACGUCACAGCAAUUCCAGCAACCUCCUACAUUACAACAAACUCAGCAACCUUCAAAUUUGAGGAAACCAAUGUAUCCUCCCUCCAAUGCUCGACCGCCUGUGUCGCAACAGCAGACUCCAGUAUAUGGAACACAACCCCAGCCACAACAACAACAACCGCAAAGUUUCUCCUCGCCAUCACAAUAUCAGUCGCAACCUCAGUCACCAGCAACUUUCAAUGGCUAUCCGAAUUCAGGUCAAUUGCAAUAUCAGGGCGUUUAUAAUCAAAUGAGUGUUGCUCAGCAAGGAUUUAGUAAACUGUGGGGACAGGAUUCCGUCGAUUUGAUGCAGCAGCGUCACAUUUUACCAACGGAACGCGUUCAACCGCCACCUAUACAGUUGAAUAAUCAAUUUUAUGAAGCUGUUAAUUGUAGUCCUGAGAUAAUGCGAUGUACAGUGAAUAAAGUACCGGAAAGUAACAAUCUAUUGCAGAAAUCUCGAUUACCGCUCGGAAUACUAAUUCAUCCGUUCAGGGAUAUGUCUAAUUUGGUUGUUAUUAAUUGCCCGACUAUAGUGCGAUGUCGACUGUGCCGAACUUACAUAAAUCCAUUUGUUCAUUUUGUUGAUAGUAAAAUGUGGAAAUGUAACUUGUGCUAUCGAAUAAACGAAUUGCCUGAAGAUUUUCAGUACGAUCCAGUUAGUAAAACAUAUGGCGAGGUAACUAGAAGACCUGAAGUACGUUCCAGUACAAUUGAGUUCAUCGCGCCUUCCGAGUAUAUGCUGCGUCCACCGCAACCAGCGAUUUAUUUAUUUUUAUUUGAUGUAUCGAUCAUUGCCCAGCAAACAGGUUAUCUUGAGGUAGUUUGUGACAUCCUUUCCAAACGGUUAGAAUCUAUGCCUGGUGAUGCUCGAACUAAAGUUGGCUUCAUUGCUUUCAACAGUGAAGUGCACUUUUAUAACAUUGCCGAAGGUUACAGUCAACCACAUGAAAUAACUUUGGUUGAUAUUGAUGACAUAUUCCUUCCGUGUCCUGAUAAUUUACUAGUUAAUGUGAAAGCAUGUAAAGAUUUAAUAAAGGAUAUAUUGAGUCAAUUGCCAACAAGGUUCGCAAGCUCGCAUGAUUCAGGAUCAGCUUUGGGUGCGGCUCUGCAAGUAGCUUUCAAACUCAUGAGUUCGCCAGGCGGACGAAUAACUGUAUUCCAAUCGUGCCUGCCUAAUAAAGGACCAGGAGCUUUACAAUCAAGAGAAGAUCCAAAUAAUCGCUCAGCCAAAGAUAUAUUACAUUUGAAUCCCGCAACAGACUUUUACAAACGUCUAGCUUUAGAUUGCUCUGGCCAGCAAAUUGCAGUUGAUUUAUUUUUACUGAAUCAACAGUACAGCGAUUUAGCAACUUUAUCUGGUAUAAGCAAAUAUAGUGGUGGAUGCAUACAUCACUUCCCAUUGUAUCAGAAAACGAAACCGCAACUAGUUGAGACAUUAAAGCGAUCUUUUGAUCGAUAUCUAACAAGAAAGAUCGGCUUUGAAGCUGUGAUGCGUGUUAGAUGCACGCGUGGAUUACAAAUUCAUACAUUCCAUGGAAACUUUUUCGUUCGUUCGACCGAUUUGCUUUCAUUGCCUAAUGUUAAUCCAGAUGCUGGCUACGGCAUGCAAAUUUCCUACGAAGAAAGUCUAACUGACAUUAAAUCCGUAUGCUUUCAAGCAGCCCUUCUCUAUACAACGAGCAGUGGCGAGCGUCGUAUACGAGUCCAUACAAUGUGUUUGCCUGUAACAGCAAGUUUAACGGAAGUCAUGUAUUCGGCCGAUGUUCAGUGUAUAGUAGGACUGUUGGCUAAAAUGGCUGUUGAUCGGUCGUUGUCCUCAAGUGUUUCGGAUGCUCGCGAUGCCUUUAUAAAUGCAACAGUAGACAUAUUCAAUGCAUUCAGAUUAGCGCAGAAUCUUCCUUCUGGAAAUAGUGGGCAACUCAUCGCUCCGAAAAAUCUGGCAUUAUUACCCUUGUAUAUAGCGGCAAUACUGAAACAUAUUGCAUUUCGGACUGGCACUAGCACACGACUGGAUGAUCGCGUUUAUGCAAUGGAUGCUAUGAAAACGCUGCCAUUAGAUCAAUUAAUGAAGUACAUUUAUCCGGAGUUCUAUCAUCUUGAUGCAUUAUUCUACAAUAACGCCAAUGAAAAUGAUGAUAGCGAUCAACAAGAUCCACCAGUGUUACAAUUGUCAGCUGAAUUUAUUGAUUCUCGUUCAUUGUUCUUGCUUGAUUGUGGAACGCUCAUAAUUAUUUACGUUGGAUUAAAUGUUCCGCCCGAUAUUUUGCAAAAUGUCCUUGGGGUACAAUCGACUGCAGAGAUAUCAGACUACUGUUAUGGUUUACCGAGUCUAAACACACCCGAAAAUGAAUCGUUACAAGCGUUCAUUGAAAGCUUGAAUGAGAAUAAACCAUACGAUCCCAUCAUUCAAAUAAUUAGGGAUACAAGCACCUGUAAAUCGCAAUUUUUCGAGAAAUUAGUAGACGAUCGUAGCGAGUCUAGUUUAUCCUAUUAUGAAUUUUUACAGCAUUUGAGGACUCAGGUUAAAUAAUAAUGAUUAACGUCUUGAAAAGUCGUUUAGGAAGGCCGAGCAUUUUAGCAACUUUAUUAAAUUAUUUAAAUUUAGUCCAAAAGGAAAACGAUGCUGAAGCGAAAAACGAAUUCAAUGAAACACAGAUGAUAAUAAACGCUAGAGAAUAAGCGAUUUACGAGUACAUACGCUGAUAUCGAUUGUUUUAAUUAAAUUUUUACUUUUCAAGUAAAACAAUAUUCAACAAGAAAGUGGUCUGUAAGUUAAGUAAGCCGAGGGUGAAAGGAUGCUAUUCAUUAGCUCAUUCAUUCUUUUCAUGCUUUACGGUCCUUCUAACUGUCCCCUGUUUUCAUCUCCGCUAGCUUAAUAGACAUCAUGAUGAUAUAUGUUAAUAAUAUGUAAGUUCUAAUUAUUCAAAGUUAAUUAUAUGCGUUUAUUAUUAUAUGUUGCGUAACAUUAUAACCGUUCAAAGAAAUUUCACUUGAAAAACACAUGGAUAUGGAGUUUUUGUUCUACUUGUCUCAUAAUACUCUGCUACCGGAAAGCGGGAGAACAUUUUACUUCUUCACUGGUGUGCAGCUUGAAUGAGGGAGUUGUCCGAAUGAAUGCUGAACUGCUAUGAGACAAAUAUGGGUUUGAAUGAUUUUAAUUGAUUGAUAUAACUUGGGUGAUAUUCUCAGAACAUAACAAAGCUCAUUAAGACGAAUAUGAGACUUGCUAAGUGCGUUUUGAACGCAGGAGCUAUCAGCUGCAACUUGGUAAAGAAAACGAACUAAAGUGAAAUGAAACAAAGGCAUGGGAAGCAAAUAAAACUGAAAGAAAACUGUAAAUGAGCUUCAAUUUGAAAUAAAUAUAAAACUAAGACAGAAGGUGACUCGCAAAAUGGCAGAUGUGUUAUUAUUUUCUUUAGAUGAUGAUAAUGAAACACGUUUUAAUUAAAUUAUGCAAAU